CCCGCCACUUGUCUCAUUCCCCGAGCAAUUAGACCUCCCGAGCUGCACUUCAUUCCAUCGUAGGUCUCUCUCCCGACAUAGAGGCUGAAGAUGCAUCCGACCGGUUCGUCGUGGCUCGUCGUCUUCUGGACCGUCCUCUCGCACUUUGGACUCCAGGCCAGACUCGUGCCCGAGUUCUCGAGCUUCGUCAAGGAGCAGACGUACCUGGACCGACGAGUGAUCCUCAGCUUGGCGACGGACGUCGUCACGGACCACGGCAGUUUUCUCUACGCGGUCUGCGACUCCCAGGAGACGAUCUUCAAGGACACCAGGUGCAACGUGACCGUAGAGACGCCGGCCUUCGCGAACGCCAGUUACCGGGACACGUGUCCGGUGAGCGUACGAGCCGAGGACCCGGAGCGCGAGUCGCUGACCGAACUGUCGCUCCAUCCAUUCACGGAGGACAAGGUCCUCCUAACCUGGAAUGUCAAGGAUCUCGACUGGCGCACCAAGAGCGUCCAGGUGCGCGUUCUCCAUCAGGCGUCCGGGUGCAAGUCGCACGACGCUGCCGUCCUGCAGGCGGAUAAGUUGGUGGCCGUUAUCCCGUACGAGAACACCUUCGACCUCGUUGUUCGGGCCCUCGACGUGUCCAUGUGCGGCUCGGAUUACUGCAAGCUCACCCUCAACGCCGAAGGGAAGAGGAUCAACGGCCCGUCGCCCUUUCUCUCGAGUGUGAGCAAUAAUAACAAGCGGGCGCGCGUAUCGGCCGUCCUACUAGCGGCCCUGCGUUCGCCGAUGAAGGGCUUCUUCGUCCUGGCGUUCGUGAGUAACGAAAUGGACAAGCUGCGCAUACUCCGCGUGUCCACGGACGGCAAGGGUACCGAGGUCGCCCAGACGGGCAGCUCGAUCGGUGUCAAAGGGUCGAGUGCCCACGACCUGCUGAGCGUCUGCUGGACCGCAGGGAACACGAACGUCACCUGCCGGCAGUACGACGCGAAGAUGGUCCCGAGGUUCGACGCUGUUCUCGAGUUUCCGGACGAGCCCGGGGCGAGGCGAUGGUUGAGGCCCCACAAUCUGCAGGACGGUGGGCUACUGUUGCUCACCGGGGUGCCCGGGGGAAAGGACAACAGAAGGUUCGAGAGCUUCAGCGUCGUCAAGAUCGGGGCGGCCGGUCAGCGGGAGCGCCCCCUGGAAGUGGACGGUUUGGACUUUGAGUGCCUCCGCGCGGAAGACUUGCUGGUCAACGUCGCCGAGGAGGACAACGACGAGUUUUGCUUUCACUUUGUCUGCGAGAGGGCCGACUUUGACCGCAACAAGGGCAUCAGGAGUACCCUCAAGUUCGCCACCAAGUGCCUGCCCAGGCGACACGUGGCUCCGCUAAAACACCGGCCUUCUUUGCUCAACUAAGAAUGCUGUUUUUUUUUUUUUUUUUUCUCUCUCCUUGGAUAAGUUCAUAUAGGUGUUGUAUAAUAUAUAAUUUGUAAACCGAGUGUUGAAUAAAACAUUGACGAAACCAAG